CCCCGCGUACGGAAGGUCGUUACAACCUUUUCCCAACAUAUGGCAGUUCUCUUUAUAUAACGAUAUCAGUAUAAGAAUAGUCUCAUGUGUCCAUUUUCCACAUACAUUGGAUUCUAAAAAGAGUAAUUAAUAAAUAUUAAUUCAAGUCAACAAAUUAGUCCGCUAGGAAUGUAAUAGAAUGCUAAUGCUCAUGCGACCACACCGGCUAUCUUUAUUGAAUGUUACACAACGUUUCGACCCUAUUUUCGGGUCCUUUCAAGUGUGACAACAAGGUUCCUUGUGGUAGGAAGAACCCAGACAAACAUCAACGAGCAUAAUGACCAUUGAUAUAUAUUACAUGGAUAGCCGAUGCGCAAUGGCUUCGUGUCCUCAAUUGAAAACCGCCAUGUUAGGAGGAAAGUUGUCACGCAUGCGCGUUAAUCAUGUUCAAGCGUGUUGUGUAGGUUAGGGUAUUUAGAGAAGAGGAAUGCAGAAAAGCGUGUUGUGUAGGUUACGGUAUUUAGAGAAGAGGCAGAAAAAAAAUAUAAUUGUGUUAUAUACAAAAUAUUUUUUUCAAAUUUUGUGAAAAUGAGGCACUGUUACUUUUGCAAUAAUACAAAAAGUCCUGGAUCUGCAAUAACAUUUCACAGAUUCCCUUUAAACAAUCAACAUCUUUUGACAUGGCUCAAUAAUUUUCUUAUAAAAAAUUGGACACCAACCAAUUCGACCAUUUUAUGCUCUAAUCAUUUCACAGAGGAUUGUUUCGACCGUUCAGAAUUUAAAGUACGAUUAAAACCAAAUAGUAUUCCAACGCGUUUUGAUAAUCCUCGUUCUUUCUGUAUAUAUUGCAAGCGAAAGCGUAUAUAUAAAUCAGGAUGUUCCUUUUUCAAGUUUCCGUUGGAUAAAUCAGAUCUUUUAAAGAAAUGGCUUGAUAAUAUAGGAAUUACGAAUUGGACUCCUAAUGACAGCAGUCUUUUAUGCUCAGAACAUUUUGAGCAUACUUGUUUUCACAAAUCGAAAGGAAAAUAUGUGAGGUUAAAAGAUGGAAGUGUUCCAACAAUAUUUAAGGUUGAAGAUUGCAACAUUAUAAAAACAGCUGUGUUGGUAUCAAGAGAAAAUAUUCCUCCUUGUGAAACAGAAUGUAAUCAGAAGAUAAAAUUUAGUAAUAAUGAUAAGUUUGACUCUCCACAACAAAUUUCUUGUGAUGAAUUAAUAGAUCAAAUCCAAAUACACUCAACAGAUCAAAAUAUUAGUAACAUUUCUAUUAAUGAAAAUAUGUCUAUUUCUGAGGAAUCGCUUAUCGUCAAUGAUGAAAAUAAUGCCGAAAAUAACAGAUUAUCGAUGUUUGAUACCGGAAUUAUAAACUCAGUCAAUCAUGAUCAUUAUUAUGAUGCUUCUUCAUCAACACUGCGUAAGAAACUUAUAAGAAGUCAAGAAGCAUUAAAGAAUAAGGAACGUAAAAUUAAACUUCAAAACCGACAGCUUCAACGUCUACGAACACGCAUAACAAGUUUAAAAGAAGUGAUUACUAAUUUACGAAGUCAGCGCAUGGUAUCAGAAAAUUGUUUGAGCUGUCUUGAUUCAAUAUCAGAUCAGGGUGUAAAACUGUUGAGAAAACUAGUUUAAACUUCGCGCUAAUUCUGCCCAAUUGUCUCGGGAAGAUUCGGGCAUCAAAUAUCGAUAGAUAAAUAUCGGCAUGAUGAGACGCGUAGCGAUGUAUUCGACCCUUUUUCUCACGCGACCGUUGUAGCGAGCGAACGUACUGAGCGAGCGAACAAAUAAGUGGAUCCACUGGCGGAUAGUUACUGGCGAAUAGUUUACCGAUAUAGAAUUAAGGCGGAUUUGUGCACAGAUCUGAAAAACGAAAAAGGCGACUGAUAUCUGGAAGUCACGGAAUCAAUCGGAUGAGUAGAAAUUUUUCUUUAAUUUGAUUUAUGAGAUUCUUUGCUUGAACAAAGCAUUGGCUAAUUUUGUAUCUUCUUUUCUUGUGACUUUGAGGUUCACACGUAUAUUUUCUUGCUUAUUUGUAUGUGAUUGAUAUAUAAUUAUUUGAAACUGUUUGAAUGUAUUGUUACAUAUUUUUCGUAAUUAUAUAUAUAUACAUUUUCUUUUGUUUAUUGAAAUACUGAACACAUUUAUUUAUACCUUAUCUCGCACAUUUGUAAAGGGAAA